AUGCAUCGCACAUUGAGCGAAGCAGCACAAAGAAGAACGAGUCUAAAGAAGUGCCGCAGGGAUCUCCGCGAAUAUAAUAUUCCGCUAGCAGCCUUGCUGAGCGAAGACGGGACUCGCCCGUCUUCUCGUCGUGAGAUGGAAAUCAUUACGGAGGGGUUCUACUCGAACCUUUUCGGUUCAUCAACUCCUGUGUCAAGCCCAAUCAUCCCCACUGGCGAAGCUCCACCACGGAUUCUCCCUUCGGAAGUACGAGUCGCUAUCAAGAGCAUGAAACCUGGCACAGCCCCCGGACCUGAUUUUAUAUCAGCAGCCAUCCGCUUCAUGUAA